UACUUUGCUCCCAAAUUUACGUUUAAGUAGGGCUAAAGAAAUAAAGAUUUAUAACUUUUAAAGAUUUUGUUUAAUUGAAAAUGAGAUAACAAAUUGAUAAAACUUUCAUUAGGGUUUAUGUUUUAUUUCAUUUGAUAUGUUCAUAUAAGGUACCACUUACAUUAUAUACGCAAAACCUCCAUGGUAUAUUUAUUUGGUUAGGGUAUUUUCAAAAUAGAAAAAAAUUUGCCGCAAGCGACAACAUUCGAAUACCAUGCUGUUGACAGGCCGGCUAUUUAAUUUGUACUAUAAUGGACGAUAUAGAAGCACCAAUUUUUUACGACGAUGAGGGGGAUUUUGUUGGACAUAAAUACUUCCAAGACUCAGAUUAUGAAUACGAGUAUGAGGAAAAUACUGAAAGAGGAACAUUGUUGGAACUGUAUCAAUAUUGUCUCAACCCUACUGUUUAUGAUACAGCUUUGUAUAUACUACCGCUUCUUAUUUCCAUGAUUUUAUUUCGAUUAUGCGCUCGUUCUCAAUUUGUAUCACAUAAAAUUUUUCAUACAUUGUCAGUGUUGAUUGGCAUAUACAAUAUUCAUCACUAUGUAACAGAAUGUCUAUAUACAUUAUUGAUACUUUGUAUAUUUUCAUAUAUUACUUUACAUCUACCCAAAAAAUAUUGUAAAAGUUUAGGAAUAUUUUUACCAUCUCUUCUUAUUAUUGUAUAUUGUGAAUUUUCUAUGUCUCCAUUAGUUUGGCAUAAAAUACGUAGCGUGGUAAUGAUUAUGGCAAUGAAAACCAUUAGUGUGGCCGUAGACAAAGUUGAUUCAAAUGAUUUACCCGAUAUUUAUAGUUACAUGGGAUAUACUUUCUGUGGUGUCACAUGUGUUUUUGGUCCAUGGAUAUCAUUCAAAGAUUAUAUAUCAGUGCGAUAUAUAAAUAAUCAGGAUAAAUGGUGGAUACUGUAUGCUGCUCAAUUUAUGGUUUUAUCAUUUUUGUUUUUAACUAUGUCAAAUUGCUGGACACAAUGGAUAAUAAUGGACAAUUCUUGGAAAUGGUUAUUGGCCUACAGAGAUGCAUUGUCUUUCAGAACAUCUCAUUACUUUAUUUCAUAUAUUGCAUCUACUGCAUUAUUAAUAGGUGGAUUUCCAUGUGCCCUGACUACCUUGGUAAAACCAUUAAAAGUAGAAUUUCCACGAUCACUAGUACAAGUAGUUAUUUGUUGGAAUAUACCUAUGCAUUUCUGGUUGAAGACAUAUAUAUUCCGUCCCAGUAUUAAGUACUUAGGAAAAUUUGGAGCUGUAACCAUGACAUACUUAAUAAGUGCUCUUCUACAUGGAUUAAAUUUUCAAUUGGCAGCAGUUUUACUUAGUCUUGGAUUUUAUACAUAUGUAGAGUUCCAGCUUAGAUCUAUGCUAGCAAAUAUUUUUGAUGCAUGUAUUGCAUCCAAACAAUGUACUAAGGGUAAAUGUACACAUACAUGUAAUACUCAAAAUUCUUGGUGGGUCCUUUUAACAAAUAUGAUGUUUUCUGGGCUAUCAGUUUUUCAUUUAGCUUAUUUAGGUCUUAUGUUUGAUACAUCUGAAUUACAAGAGACAGGGUACAGUUACAUUCACACUAUUGAAAAAUGGUCACAACUUGGAUUUGCUAGCCAUUGGGUCAUGUUUGCUACAUAUCUUAUAUACUUUUUAAUUAGAUAAUAUUAGAUCAGUAUUUUAAACUUCUUUAUCUUUAAACUAUUUCCUGACGGCUAAUAAUGCUAAAUGAACAAUUUACUAGAAGUAUUUUAAAUUAUUUAAACAAAACUUUAAUAUAGACUUCCAAUUUUACAUUACUGUACAAAUAUUUAAGAAUUUUGAUAAGUUUUUAUAAUAUAUUUGCUAUGAAAAUAAAGACAGAAGAAAAACAGAAAUAUUAUGUAUUAUGCUAUUAUUAAACAAUUUUAAGCAAGAAAAACAAUGCACAUAAUUCUGGAAGUAAGUAAAAUACAUAAUUUUUAUUAGAUAUACAACAUAAUAUAAAGUUGUUAUUGCAUGUGUGUAAAAAGCAAAGUACAAUCGAGUAGUAUUUAAUUGCUAUAAGAAGUCUCAUGUAUCAUAGUUGUUAAAUAAUACUUCAUUGAUAUUUAAUGACAAUAAACUAAUAUUUUCUAAGUUUUAAUACAAUCGUAUCAAUGAAUAAAAAUAUUUUUUCAAUAAAAAUCAAUACAUUUUGAGAGCACUAGAAAAUACUAUGUUUGUCGAAAUAUAACAUAGUAUAUGUUCUAUAUUAAAUUAAGAAAAUAGAAAGUAAAGAAAUUUUAUAUUGACCACUUAUAUGUUUCUUUAUAAAAUAUAUGAAAAAAUGUUUUCGAAAUUUUAUUGCAUAUUUUAAGGCAAAAUCGUAAAUGUUGCAUGAUUUUUACAUAAUUUCAUCUACAAACCAGAUGGCCACCAACUGAAACUAUUUUGUGAAUAUAUCCAGCUUCACAAAUAUAAAAUUUCUGUAAUAUAUGUUACUAGACUCAAAUUAUUAAUGUUUAUAAUACAUCUUUUUUAACAAUAUUCAACAUUGAGUAUGUCAUAUUUAAAAAUUUAAAUCGAAUUUCUAUGUACAAUUACAAAUGUUGCACAAUAUUUACUACUUUCAAUUAUAAAUUAGAUUCCAGAACAACCAGUUCACAACUUAUUUCAUGAUUCUAUAUCAAUUUACUCCACUACUAUAUUCCUUUGAAUUAAAAGCUGUACUUUCUCCACAAUUUCAGACAUUUGGACCUACUGUACAACAAUAUAUCAUUUUAUAUUAUUAAAAUAUCUUUGUCCUUAAAUAUUAAUGACACUUCUUUUUAUAAAAUGCAUUAAUUUCUUAAAAUAUUAUUUAACUUUUACGUAAUCUUACAUAAUUGUCCUAAUAUUUGUGUAUAAUUGUAUAAAUGUACCACGUAUAUAC